AAUUUAGUUACUGAAAAUAUUUUUUUUGUAUUUCAGAUUUGCUUAACUAAGGAUGAAAUUGAACAUAUGUCAAAAGACGAUUUAAUCAAAAAGUGGUUCCUACAGGAACAAUAUGUUGAAGCUCUUGAAGCUAGAACAAAUGAUAUUGGGGAGAAUUUGGAACUUGUUAGUUUAAGAGAAUCAGAAGAGAAACUUAAACAACAACAGUUAGAAGCCACCAGACGUGAAAAUAUUUUGGUCAUGCGUCUUACUACAAAAGAACAAGAAAUGCAGGAUUACGCUGUAAGUAAUUUGUUUAUUGUUAAUUAUAAAUGGUGCAUUUUAAAUCAUCAUGAAAUAUUUAUAAAAUAAAAAUAUCUUCAAAUGU